AUGGAAACAAAUUUAGUACCACCAUCAUCCACAAGAAAAAGAAUCAAUCAUACAGAAAAAGCACUCAAAGAUCAUGCUGAUGCAAUUCGAAACAUUCGUUCAAAUAUCGAAGAAAAAGAGAAAAUUAUUGAAGAACUUAAAAAGAGGUGUCUAAUAAAGGAAAAGAUGCUUGAAACUCGUAAUAACUCGUAUUUACAAAAGAAAGACCAACUAGAUCUUGAUGUUUGCCAAUUUAAAGCAAAUAAUCCAAUCGAAAACGAGAAAAUUACUCAAGAUAUCAAACAGAAUGAAGAUAAGCUUAAUCAAUUAAACGAAUUAUAUGAGUCUAUUGUUGUUAAAAUUCAAAAUUUGCAAUUAAAAAUUACAAAUAUUCGCGAAAAUGACAAAAAAGUUACGUCUGAACUCGCAUCAUUAGAAAAUAAAUCAAAGGAAUUACUUGUUCUAUCUGAUCCUCUUGCUAAUACAGUUGAAGAUGAUGUUAACGAUCUUGCAGAAGAAAUCAAAGAAUUAUCAACAGACAUUUCGAACUGCAAGAUUUCCAAUGUAAAUUACGACUCUAUGUCAUCUAUUCUAAAGUCCAAACUUAACAAAACAAUGAAAAGAAUUGAAGAAUUACGUGAAGAAUUAUUGAAGUAUAAAAUUACACAACAAAAAGAUCUCAACGCAAUCAAUUCGGAUUUAAACAAUUCUACAUCAUGUGUAAAUGAUCAAAAGAACAGUCUUUCUGUUCUAAUCAAGAAAAAAGAAGAAUAUACAAAAAAUAUUAAACGAAUUUUAAAUGAUUGUACAGAAACAAAAGAAGAAAUGGAAAUAAUCUCGUCUAAAAAGCGUAGAAUGAAUGAAAAUCUUGCGAAAAAACAAGAAAACCUUAAAUCCAUUUUAAAUCAACAGGAAGAAAUAAGUAAAAUCUCAUCAAACAAGUACAGGAAAAGCCAACAAUACAUAGAUAGUCAAUCCACUCUUAUAAAUUCAGUUCAUCAACAAAGAUUAGAAUUAUUAAAAUUAAUUCAACAUGAUAAAGCAAUCCUUGAGUCUCUGAAUGAGAACGAAAAGGAACUGCAAAUAAAAAUUGCCAAAAACAUUACAAAAAUCAGUAUUGAAGAAGAAAACGAAAAAAAUAAUGAAAUUUUAUACCACGAGCUAAACCAACAAGAAUACGAACAAGAACAAGAUACAAUAAACACAAGACUUGAAUAUGAAGGACUUUCUGUGAUUUGUUCUGAUUUAAUUAAAGAAAAAUCUAAAUUACAACAGAAACUUAAUAAAUUGAAUUCAACAGUUAUAGAACCAUUCAAAGACCAACAAAUUGAGAUCAAAAUACCAAAAACACCUCUUGUUAGAAAAGUAAAAUUAUUAUCAAAAAUUAAUGAUGAAUUAACUGCGAAGAUUGUUGGAGAACAGAGGAGAAUUGAGCAAUAUAAGCAACUUAAAGAUGAUAUUGAACAUAAAAUCACAACAACUAAACAAAGAAUUACAAAAGAUUUACAAAAUCACGCUAUUUUGCAAAACAACAUUCCAAAGCAUCAGUCAAAAGUAUCUACUUAUAUAUCUGUUGAAAUCAGUCGUCUUCAUCGACUAAUUGCUGAGAAAACUUUAUCAAUUGAAGAAAGAAAAUCAACACUGAAAAAACGAAACCAAAUUGUUGAUUGUAUUUCAGAUGAAUUCCACAUGAUUCCUUAUCCAGAAGGUGUUAUUAUUGUACCUCAUCCAGAAGAAUAA